UGAAAACAGGAGACCCUGAAAUAACUCGUGUUCGUGUAGCAGACUGAGCCUCACCUCUACCAUCAUGGUCGAGCAGUUUUUCGGGACCUGGACUCUGACUGCCAGCGAGAACUUUGAUGAGUACAUGAAGGCAAUCGGUGUGGGCUUCGCCACACGGCAAAUGGGCAACAUGGCAAAGCCCAACCUGGUGAUCAGCGUGGACGAUGCUGGGGUCAUUUCCAUGAAGUCCGAGAGCACUUUCAAGACCACCGAGAUCACGUUCAAGCUGAACGAAGAGUUCGACGAGACGACGGCAGACGGCCGAAAGACCAAGACCAUCAUCACUUUUGAGAAUGGCAAACUUCUGCAAAUACAGUCGUGGGAUGGAAAGAAAACGACGCUGGAGCGAGAGAUCCAAGAUGGAAAACUAACAGCUAAAUGUGUCAUGGAUGACGUUGUUGCAUUAAGGACCUAUGAGAAAGGAGUCUGA